AUGGCUGAUCCACAGGAAAGGGUUUAUGCUGAAUUCUCCACUUUCGACUGGAGCUCUUUUACCGAGUUUAAGGAAGGUCUUGGUGAAAUCUUGCAGGGCCACUUAGAAUCCUUGCAAGAGCGAGACCCAUCUGUAAAGACCAUACCUGCAGCAGAGAAACAACAAUUGACGGACCAAGCUAAAUCUUUUUUUUUCUGUUCUUCCACGGGCCACAUUCUUAACCUAGAUGAUUACUAUGCGUGGAAAAGAAAUAACGGAGGGAAAAUCACACUCUUAGAAGAGAGUAGCAAAGAGGAGGAUGUCUCUGACGAUAAGGAUUCUUCUGAGGCCCCAUAUUCCUCCAAUUAUCAGGAGCUUGUGGAUCUUAUUGUGUCGGGUAAACCUGUCCCUGGUAUCAAAGAGAUUCCUGAUACCGUGUUGUCGGAUAAAAGCUCUGAGCCUAAGGCGGAGAAAAGGGUCAAACCAUGGGAAAAGUGCGCAGCUGCUAACAAACCUAACGUGCUGGAUAUGACAACAAGUUAG